AGAAGAGGAAAUAAGUUCAGCGACAAAACAACAAAAAAUGAUUCUGCAAAGGACUUUUGUUAGCUGUGUCUUGCUGAUAUAUUCUACCUGUCACUUCUGCCAAGUUUGUGUUUCUUCCCAAACAGCAGAGCUUUGUGGUGUAAGACCAAAAUGGGCCGAGCAGUCAAGUGAUAAAAGGAUCACUGGAGGACAUGAAGCUAAGCCCGGCAGCUGGCCCUGGAUGACGAGCAUUUUUGUUACGGGGCUGGGAGAGUAUUUCAAAUGUGGGGCCGCCCUUAUAUCGGACCGCUGGGUCAUCACCGCAGCUCACUGCACCAUUGCCAACAUUGGACCAAUACUAGCAGCAGCCAGUAAAUAUCCAGAGAUGCUGAAGGUGCGCGUUGGUGAACAUAAUUUGGAUCAGCCGGAAGGAACAGAGGAGGAUCUAAACGUAAAGAAAGUUGUGCUGCAUCCUAAAUGGGACAUAGGAGUGGAAAAUACGCCCAACGGAAAGCAAAUUUAUUCAAAACACGACAUCGCUUUAAUAGAGCUUAGCAGUCCGGUCAACUUUACUUCAAAUGUGAAAAGCAUGUGUCUUGAUAAUGGGCAACUCUUUAAAGCUGGCACGAUGUGUUAUAUCGCUGGCUGGGGCACUAAGAAAGUAAAAGGCCCUGCUACAAGAAUUCUUCACGAAGCCGCUUUACCACUUGUGUCGCAUGAACAGUGCAAUGGCCCCAAGUCAUACAGUGGAGUUAUCGGUGGCAACUUGAUCUGUGCUGGAUACAAACAGGGGGGUGUCGAUACUUGCGAGGGAGACAGUGGAGGACCACUAAUGUGCCAAGGAGAUGGAAAGAGGUGGUUCCUGACAGGUGUGGCGUCCUUUGGACACAUUGGCUGCGGUGUACCUUACAAAUAUGGUGUGUACACACGGGUAGUGAACCAUCUACAGUGGAUAUCACAAGUCACAGGGAUGGACCUACCACAGCCACAAGUCGACUAUGUACCGUUGAUUACAUAGAGAUGAUUGAUGGCAGUGUAGUAUUUGACGCUAGCACGUUUACCGGCAGUUGGGAAGGAAGGAAGAAAGAAAGGAAGGAGGAGGAAAGAGGGAGAGGAAUUCACGCGACAUGCCUGAAAACCAUUACCUGCCUUUUGCAGCCAUAUUCAUGAAGGGUCCUUUAAACAACCCUUGAGAAGAAAAUCACAAACAGAAACUUGCCAAGAAGGCAAAAAACAUGAAGUACAUAGAGCACACCACCGCUUAAAAAAGGAAAAUUUUACUCAAUCUUCUCUUAAUGGAUGCAUUUCCAAUAUCCUUUUAACCUCUACUAUCUGAUCCAUACUGACCGGAGAAUACUGACAUCAACUCGUACGUAAUUUUUUCAUUGAAUAGUACUACGAUCAAUAUUUCUUGAUCAACAUUUAUGAAUCACAAAGCUACCAAGUUCUUCAAGUUUUACGUUAACCUGAUGUUUGAAUAUUGCCCUUAAGUUUUCUAGCCCUAUAAGAAAAAUUAACUACUUGUUCUAUCAAGCGUUCCCUGGAAAAAUAAUGAGUUAAAGUAGGCGAGUAGUAAGCCAAACCGAGCUAGUGAUAAUUCG